AUUUUGCAGAGAAGGAGGACAUCAACAGCGAUCUUCAUCUUCUGCACCCAGCAGUAGCAGUAUUUCUUCAGGCCCUCCAAGAGGAUUGUCAGUCACAGAAUUUGCAGAUUUCGUCUCAGAGGUGCUCAGGGCUACGAUCCAGAUUGGGGACAUUGUUGGGGCCUUGCGCAGCAUGCGAGAGCGACUUGAUAUGCCGCAGACAAAACUG